CUAUGACUGUGAGUGUGUGUGAGUGCUCCAGCAGUGGUAGUACUGGCAUUGGUGUUGACUGGCAUACAGUGUGACUGUAGUACACUGUACUGUACUGUACUGUAUGAUGCAUUUGAUGGCAAAAUGGCGUCAACGCAAAAGUCAUUUGAAGAGAUGCUGUCCUCAGAAGUAGACGAGUCUGAGAUCACAGCUCUCGUGGGAUCUCUCUCUCAACUCGAACACAAACCACUCGCCACCAAGACUUCACUCACCCCUCUCACGCCCGUCCCCAUCACCCCCACCCCUGUCCACAGUGUCAACAGUGGCAACAGUGCAGUGUCUGCAGCACUCGUAGUCAACCACAACCACAACAAUCAACACACACUACACGCUCUACAGACUGUCCCUUCGGUGCCCAACACUGGCAUCACUUCCAUGACUGACGCCAACACUCACCACAAGCUGAAGAUCAUGACUCCCAUGACUAACACCACGAACAACACCAUCAAUAACACUCAGAAUAGUACCACGAAUUCAAACAUUAAUUUAAGUGUCAAUAAUAAUAGCAUUAAUAAUAAUAACAACAAUAAAGGAUUGGUGGCAUCGCUUCCAGGAGCUGUUCCGGCCAGUGGUUACAUAUCGCAAGUGACCACUGCUUCGAACGCAUCCAUGAAUUCGGUGACGACUGGUGUGGCGGCCAAUCAGAUCAUCAAGAAUGCGAUUCAAGUGUCGGCGAUGGCUAACGGGAGUCCGACGUCCUCUCCGUCUCCAUUACAACAAUCACUGCGAGGGCCGACCCCGACCUCCAUCUCUUUGAGUGCAAUAACGCCGUCUCUAGUGAUCACUCCCAACAAGACGGCACCCAAUGUGGGCGUCGGUGUGGCGCCCAAACCCGGACAGACAUUACUUAUCGCCACCACAAAAGACGGUCCAAUGAUAGUGCAGCCGUCGGGCAACCCAUUGCCCCAACAGAGCCUUAACAGCGGUGCCGACGCCACCAACAGUGCCGUCACCACGUCAUCGGUGGUUACAAUCGCAUCGAGGAAUAUGGUGUCGUCUAUGGCCAACUCGGGCUCACAGCAGCCCAACCUUAUGCAGCAGUUGGUGGCCAACCAUCCCAACCAAAUCCAGUUCCAAUUGGUGACGAACGUGAACCCCGCUAGUCGGCCCCCACCCGCCAACCCCAAUAUGGGCCCCAAUGCACGCACUUUGGCCCCACGGGUUGUACAGCUGCCCUCCAAUGUUCGACUCACGCAACAACUUCUCAGACCCGGAGGUACUCCCUCUUUUGGACAGGGGACGAUAACAUUGCCGUCAAACCUGGUGAGGGCCGGCACUAUAUUCGUGAAGACGGAAAAUGGUCAGGUGCAUAUGGUGAACGUGGCGCCCCCUCCCACGUCCAACGCCCAAACCCCUUCUAAUCUGCCGAACGCCACCACAUAUCGCUUGCAAGUGCCCACCACUGGGGCCCCCACACCGACCACCGGCAUCAGGAAUAUGAUUCCCAAUCAACACAUCGUUUUGCCCGUUUCGAUGCCGGGCGCACAGCACCGGGCGACCCAACCCGGGGCCCCGCAGUCACUGAACACACAGUUGCACAUCUCGACCGCUGCGGCCAACCAACAGGCGGCCACCACUCCCUCACAGAUGUCUCCCAACACCGCCAAAAAGAAAUGCAAGAAUUUUCUGUCGACUUUGAUCCGGUUGGCCAGCGAUCAGCCCCCGAAUGUGGCCAAUAAUGUCAAGAAUCUAAUCCAAGGCCUUAUUGUAAGUGAGAGCCAACACCUGCAACGACUGCAUGACGAUGCAAUACAACCCGAAGACUUCACUAAUCAAUUGCAACGCGAACUCAACUCUUCCCCUCAGCCCUGUUUAGUACCAUUUCUUAAGAAAAGUCUGCCAUACCUGAGGUUCUCGUUAAUGCAAAAGGAGCUGACGAUUGAGGGCGUGAGACCACCACCUAAUGGGACGGUAACGCUGCCGCCGCACUCGCAACAUAUUCCGCAGAUUCAGAUCGCUCAAACGCCACGACCGGGAGUGACACAAACGGUCCGUUUAUUAACACCGAUGGGCGGACUGAUGGCGGCGACGGCCGGUCAGGCGACCACUGUUUUGACACCAAUCCAACAGACUUCAGCACAACGACUUCAAGCCCCGCAGAAUGUGGUGCGAACACCAACCGCGCCCACAACCAGCACAUCCCGGAGCUCAUCGAAAUCGAGUUCAUCGAGAGCUCGAGUGAGUGCACAGAAAGACAAGGAAAAGAAGAACAACUUCUCGUCCACUCUUCGCGACGAUGACGACAUCAAUGACGUGGCGGCGAUGGGAGGCGUCAACCUUCAGGAGGAGAGUCAACGCAUACUAUCGAAUGCUGAGACUGUGGGCCAGCAGAUCAGGUCCUGUAAAGAUGAAGACUUUCUGUUCACCACUCCAUUACAUAAAAGGAUUAACGAAAUCGCAAAUAAGUAUGGAUUGGAUGAGUGCUCUCCUGAAGUGGUAUCACUUGUCUCGCAUGCUAUUCAGGAAAGACUGAAAACAUUGGUCGAGAAAUUAGGAAGUUAUGGCAACUACGAAGUGGUGCAGGACGUGAAGGGACAGACGACUUUCCUACAAGAAUUGGAUCGAAUAGAGAAGCGUAGACAUGAAGAACAGGAGCGGGAGGUUCUGAUUAAAGCGGCCAAAAGUCGGUCUAAAGCUGACGAUCCGGACCACAUCGCCAUCAAACAGAGGGCCAAAGAGAUGCAGAGACAGGAGUUGGAAGAGUUGCGACAACGCGAGGCCAAUGAGACGGCAUUACAGGCCAUCGGAAUGCCGAAGAAGCGGCUGAAGACGAGUUUCAAUUCGAUGUCCGUUUCGUCCAACAAUUCGUUCUUAAGUCCGGCGACCAAUUCAGGCCUUAACUCAUUCCCAUUGAACUCUCAGACACCCCUUAAACCGAUGAGACGUAUAAAACGGGUCAGUCUGAAGGACUUGCAUUUCCUGAUGGAAAUGGAAAAGGACACCGUUAGGAGACCUAUGCUCUACAAGGCUUACCUCAAAUGACCUCAAAUGCCACUCUUUUGUCUCAUUUAUUCUGAUUUCAUACCAGAUAUGCUUUAUAUGAAUACAAGAAUUGUUCAAAACUAUUGGUACAGUACCGGUAGUCUUAU